CUCCGCCGCCCGAGGGAGCGCCGUGAGGGAGCGCGGCGGGGCCGCCCCGAGCCAUGGAGCGCUACGAGAAGCUGGGCAAGGUCGGGGAGGGCUCCUACGGCGUCGUCUUCAAGUGCCGCAACAAGGACACGGGGCAGAUCGUGGCCAUCAAGAAGUUCCUGGAGUCCGAGGAGGACCCGGUGAUCAGGAAGAUCGCCCUGAGGGAGAUCCGCAUGCUCAAGGUGGGUGGCUGUGAGGGUCCGGAGCCCCGCGCCCGGCACGGGCGGUGCCCGCCGCGGGGAGACCGGGGCAGGGAACCGGGGAGCCCUGAGGGAGCUGCCGGGGACGGGGCGAGCUUCCCAGCUGGUUCUGGGAGCUGGCUCCGCGUCGUGCAGGUGACACAGAGCUGUGCAGCUGGGUGGGAGCCUGCACAGGAUCUCAUCCCAAAGUGCAUCCACCGAGAUGUAAAGCCAGAAAACAUCCUGAUAACAAAGCACUCCGUCAUCAAACUCUGUGACUUCGGGUUUGCUCGGAUACUGACGGGUCCCAGUGACUCCUACACGGACUACGUGGCCACGCGGUGGUACCGCUCGCCGGAGCUGCUGGUGGGGGACACCCAGUACGGGCCCCCCGUGGACGUCUGGGCCGUGGGCUGCGUCUUCGCCGAGCUGCUCUCGGGGGUCCCGCUCUGGCCGGGCAAGUCUGACGUGGACCAGCUGUACCUCAUCCGGAGAACCCUGGGGGAUCUCAUUCCCAGGCACCAGCAAGUGUUCAGCACCAACCAGUUCUUCAGCGGGGUAAGAAUUCCAGACCCAGAGAGCAUGGAGCCGUUGGAAAUGAAAUUCCCCAAUAUUUCAUACUCGGCUCUGUCUCUCAUGAAGGGAUGCCUUCGGAUGGACCCUGCAGAGAGGCAGAGCUGUGAGCAGCUGCUGCAGCAUCCCUACUUUGACAGCUUCAGGGAGGCAGUGGAUCUGGGGAAAGAACAGGAGAAAACAGCUCGGAAAGCAGCCAGGCUGCCUCGGAAGCACAUGCCAGGGUUGCAGCACCUGCCCCAGCUGACCAGCAGUAACGUCCUCCCGGCUUUGGACAGCAAGAAGCACUGCUGCAAAACAAGGAAAUCCAACUACCACUUCCCAAACAUCUGACCACCUUCAGACCUGACUGUUCAAAGUUCAAGGAUGAAUUCGGGAUGUAUAAAGGGAGGAUACACGGUGGGAAACUAAAUUACUAAACGUUGUGACACGUCCAAAGUGAGUCCAGCCUGAGGAGAGGCUGCCUGACUGCUCCAGGUAGUUCCCAGCCUGCUCCAGAGACACCCCUGCCUCGCUCCUGCGCUUCCAGAUCACAGAGUGCUACAGCUGCUGGUAGUGACUUCACAGGCUCAGCAGGCACCACUCCCAGGAGAGCACACCAACCAUAACCUCUCCUUUCUUUACUCUUUCCAGAGUUUCUCCUGAGUGUUUCAUCCGUCAGUUGAGACUGGUCUUCUUGGCUGUUUCUGACAAUAGUGAAGCCACUUGCUUGUAGUUACAGGAAUUGUUUUGAUCAAAACUAAUCAUGAGCAUAAUUUAUAACGAUGGCCAGACACGGGCAGGAAUUCUACCUAAGUGUUUGUAUAAAAAGUGACUCGGGUUUGUGGAAUCUCAGGAUGUAAUAUUGGGUCGAUUUUGAAUAAAAGAAAUGUAGCUUGUUUUUCCAA